AUGGUGCUAGUCGUAUCGCAUGUGCUGGUCGUGUCGCAUAGUGCUGGUCGCGUUGCAUGGUACUGGUCGUGUUACAUAGUACUGGUCUAUAGCAUGAGGUUGAAGGGCACGGCUCGGUCAGUUUUGCCGCUUUUGCGGGCGCAUGAUGCAUCUUUGAAAUUGUCGCUCCGCAGCCUCCGCUCGGAAAAACGGAGUAUUGAUAAUUUGCUCAUCUGCCAAUUCCAGGGCCCUAUUCUUGACAAGCUUUUCGAGCAGUCAGUCAGCUUCGAAGCUUGGCCGAAGAGCACCCCAUCUUCGCGCCUGCACAUCUUCAAAGAUAAGCCGCAAUUGGAUCUGAAGCGGAAUGUCGACAGGCCGACGAGAUGUAUAAGAAGCUCCUCAUCUUCAUCUGAAAAAGCCAGAAAAGUUCAUCCAGCUUCACCAAACUCAUAUACAUUGCAGCAACAACAGAACCAAAAUUUCCCAGCCAAGACAAGACAAAAUGCAGAUCAAAUCCAUCCUCACCGCACUCGCAGCCUCGACUGUCGUUCUCGCCAACCCAGUCCCAACAGAGGUACACACACCAUCACCUUUCAACUACCCUCCACACAGAACCUAAACCCCCGCUCCAUUGACAUCGACGCCACCCUCCUCGCCACCAUCCGCCUCGAAUCCUACAACUACGCCACCUCACAAAUCAACCAAGUCCCCAGUGCGGCACAAAUCUCGCAAGCGAAAGUUUGGUGGCCUGCCUAUACUUAUACAUAUGCUUCGACGACCGCUUCUUGGAAUUAUGAUCUUUGGAGUUGGUAUUAUUGUUAUCAGAAUUAUCCGCAGUAUAUUAACACUUGGUGGAAUCGAGGGGUCGGGAUGGGGAGGGGGGUGGGGAUAGGAUGGGUGGAGGGGGAUGAUUAUGCUAAUACGAUCUUUAGAUGGAUGAUAGAUAGUUGGUGGAAUUGGGAGGAUGGCAAUGAUUACGGUUGA